AUGGUACGCGUUGCUCUUCUAGUGACCAUUUUGGCGGUCCUGUGUUAUACGAGCCAGGCUUAUAACUCGGCUCGUAUCCCGGCUCAAGUUGGAAAUACGGAAUUGCGCAAGGAUAUCUCCGAUCAGAUACAACAAAUACUUAAUCUUAUUCCUAAGGAAGUGCAAGAAAUUGAGGAUUUCAAGAACAAAUUCACGAAAAAUUUCGAACAACUUGUCAACGAAGCCGAGAAAGGGAAAACGACCGCCAUAAACGUAUUCGAGAAAGCUAAAGAAAAUGCCAAGAAACUGUUACAAGAGGGAAAGAAAAAUGAAAACCAAGUUCUCGAAAAGCUUAAGAAUGUGGAACAAGAAAUCGUGACAAAUUAUCAGUAUACGCUGAAUGAUAGAAUUCAGAGCAUUAAAGAUACCUUCGGGAAGUUAAAUAAAGAGGAGAAACAGAAACUCCAAGACAAAUUGACAGUAAACUCGAAGAAGAUUAUGAAUGAUGCCGAUGAGGUCAUCAAAAAAUUUAAAGAAAAUAUAAACGAAAUGGAGAAGGAUAAUAAAGUGGAAGAGUUGAAAAACAUUCUAGAUAAAUCCUUUAACAGCUUUAAAUUAAAAGCAAUAAAGAAUAUCAAAGACGAGGUCGGUAAGGUAAAGAGAUCGGUCGACGAUGUUAUAAGGUAUAGACGACAGGCAGGAGGCAUAAUAGGAGAGCUCUUGGACCGUGUUUGGAAGAGAACGAAGAAUAUCGGAGACACUGGAAUAAAGUCUUCCAAGGAUAUCUUAGAUAACAUGAAAAAGUUUCUGAAUAACGAAUUCAUAACAGGAAAGGGGACGAAACAAAACGUUAAAGAAAAUACUGAAGGCGAAGAUAUUGAAGGCGAUACUGAAAUUUAA